AUGGCUCGUGAAGACUUGCUCAAUUUUAUUGUCUCCCUUGCAUUGCGCCCUCACGGCCGUUGCCUGUGUCGAGCCUCGAAACUGUCUCAACGAGGCGUCCGGCAUGUGUCCACCUCGAAUUCCCCUCCAUCCGACAGGAAAAGCUCUUUACCGCGAAAGAAGGAGUUUGAAAUCGAAAAAUCGACCAUUCCCCUUCAUGUAGGCUUGGACCGAAAUCCCGGGGCAACCUCUGCCAUUUCCAAAAUUCCGAUUCCAAGGGGUGAGAAAGGCGAGAAGUUCACCCCCUCGGUUUUAUCACGACCUCUAGGUCUUCCACAUCCUCCUCGUCCCGGGCAGAAUAGUCCGAUUGACACUCGGACACUACAAGAGAGAAGAGAAGAAUUUGCAAGCUAUGAGAAGGCUCUGGAGCGGCGCCGCGUAUAUCUACGGACAUUCUUCCGCCCUUACUUUCAAGAAUGGCGUCGGGUUGAUUUUUGGAAAGGCAAAAGUUUCGUUUCGAACGAUAGAUUGUUCAAAAGAGAAAAGGCACUCUACUUCCCCAAUAUCUGGGGUCAGACACUCUCGAAGGAAGGCGACGGACCAGACGGCGGACGAGAUACCACUCCCCUUCUGAUGGGCAAGAUUUCGAUCAUCGGCUUUCAAUCGGGGCAAUGGGCAGAGGAACAAGUUGAUACAUUUCUCAGCGCCAAGCAUAAUCCGGAACUGAACAAGAUGAUUGAAGAGAGCAACGGUCAGCUGCAACGACUUGAUGUCAACAUCCAAGGCGAUUGGAUGCGAGCCUUCCUUGUCAAACUGUUUAGCGGGCGUUUGAGAAAAAUGGUACCUGAACAUCGCUGGGAUCGGUAUUUUAUGAUCAAGCUUCCGCGCGAUAUCCGACGGGGAUUAACAGAUGAGAUACGAGAUGCCAUGGGCCUGCUCAACUCCCAAGUCGGGUACGUGUACCUGGUCGACUCGAGUUGUAAAAUUAGAUGGGCAGGAAGUGGUCAUGCGUGGAAAGGCGAAGUUGAAGGCCUCAACGCGGCCGUCCAGAGACUUGUUCUAGAAGAACAGAAUUUGCAACAAUCAUCCUCCAAAUCCGGGACCGUGACUACUGGACGGAACCAGCGAACAGCGCCAAACUCCAAUUCAAAUCUCUCAACAAACUUCGAUGCAAAAAUCAAUCCGAUUCUUAGCCCGAUUCCUGCCUGA